AUGAAACUCCCUAUUGCAGCUGGUCUUGUCUUUACAUCCGGCACUUUGGCACGUACAUUCACGACGUUUACUGACUUAAAUGUCGCCACGAACGUACCCAGCUACGCGACUGGAUGGGAAGCGGCUGCAUAUACUGCAGUAUCCUUCUACGUCCCGGACAAUUGGAAGGCAGGCAGAAUUUGGGCACGCAGAGACUGUGAUUUCUCGACGGACCCGGGACCAAAUUCAUGUCUAGACGGAGGAUGCAACGGCGGCCUUGAAUGCGACCCGUACACCGGUACCGGUGUACCACCCGCGACGGUUGCGGAAUGGACCCUCGAGGGAGAUGGUUCGCUUGAUUAUUACGAUGUGUCUUUGGUUGACGGUUACAAUCUUCCUGCGCGAAUUGACAACAACGUCGGCUGCGGUGUCGCGUCGUGUCCCGUGGAUUUGGGUCCCAACUGUCCUGACGUGUUGAAGGGUCCCUUUGAUUCUUCCGGAUUUCCCGUCGGAUGUAAAUCAGCUUGUGAGGCCAACUUGGACGGCGAUCAAGCCGACUCGCCAAACUGCUGUACUGGAAGCUACGAUACCGCUGCUACCUGUCUUUCAUCUGGCGUCGCGUACUACAGCUACUUUAAAGACAACUGUCCUGACUCUUAUGCAUAUGCCUACGAUGAAUCCAGCGGCACGGCCUUGUGGACUUGUGAUUCUAACUUAGCGGCAGACUACACAUUGACGUUCUGCCCGCCUUGA